AUGUACUCAGUCUCAGGGCGUAAGAGGAAGCUGCUCACAGGCCGUGGACCAGCUCAUUAUGGAAACACAGGAGAGGCUAAACUGGCCACGAUUGGACCAGAGGGCGCUACUGAGGCACCACUGAAAGGUCAUGGGCAAAAAGGCAAGGAAGACAUCUACAACAAGAAGAAGACCAAGAAGAAGAUCAAGAGGAAGAUCAAGAGAAGACCAAGAGAAGACCAAGAGGAAGACCCAGAGAAGACCAAGAGGAAGACCAAGAGGAAGACCAAGAGGAAGACCAAGAGAAGACCAAGAGGAAGACCAAGAGAAGACCAAGAGGAAGACCCAGAGAAGACCAAGAGGAAGACCAAGAGGAAGACCAAGAGGAAGACCAAGAGGAAGACCAAGAGAAGACCAAGAGAAGACCAAGAGGAAGACCAAGAGGAAGAUCAAGAGGAAGAUCAAGAGAAGACCAAGAGAAGACCAAGAAGAAAACCAAGAGGAAGACCAAGAGGAAGACCCAGAGAAGACCAAGAGGAAGACCAAGAAGAAGACCAAGAGGAAGAUCAAGAGGAAGAUCAAGAGAAGACCAAGAGAAGACCAAGAGGAAAACCAAGAGGAAGACCCAGAGAAGACCAAGAGGAAGACCAAGAGGAAGACCAAGAGGAAGACCAAGAGGAAGACCAAGAGGAAGACCAAGAGAAGACCAAGAGGAAGACCAAGAGGAAGACCAAGAGAAGACCAAGAGGAAGACCAAGAGGAAGACCAAGAGAAGACCAAGAGGAAGACCCAGAGUAG